AUGAGUCUCAACAGUCCCACCUUGACUUCUGCCCUGAAAGAGAAUCGCACCAUGCUCACCUACAGAAGAGCCGCGAUCAUCGCAGCCUUCAUCCUAACUAUGAUCUACCUCUUGCACUCGUCUUCCGAAUCGUCCAAUCCACCUGUCGCCUCAAACCACCCUCCUACAAGCACCGCCAAAAAGUCGAAGAGCGACCAUGACAGUGCACCACCCAAGACAACCGCCGUCAUUGACUCGACGGCAACAAGGCCAUACCCUCCACCCAAGCUUGCUUCUAGCAAGAAAGAGAAUGUCCAGAGGCCAAUGACUGAAGUCGUCACCAAGAACGUUCGAGAUCAGUUAGCGUACCAAUUCGAUUAUGACAGGGCAGGCAAGUUCCCUGCCUACAUUUGGCAAACUUGGAAGUACACGCCUGCAGAGGCGGACUUUGGAGAUGUUUUCAGACCAGCAGAAGCGAGCUGGACUGAAUUGCACCCAGGCUUUGUUCACGAGGUCGUAACAGACCAAAAUGCUCUCUACCUGCUCAAGCUGCUCUAUGCCUCCGUGCCCGAUGUCAUCGAGACAUACGAGUCCUUGCCACUUCCGGUCAUGAAAGCAGAUUUCUUCCGCUAUCUCAUUCUUCUUGCUCGAGGAGGGAUAUAUACCGAUAUUGAUACCACUGCACUGAAAUCUGCAGCUGACUGGCUACCCGAAGACAUCCCUCGAUCCAACGUUGGCCUGGUCAUCGGUAUAGAAGCCGACCCAGACAGAGAAGACUGGAAGGACUGGUUUUCCCGUCGCAUACAGUUUUGUCAAUGGACCAUUCAGGCGAAACCUGGCCACCCCGUUCUGCGUGAAUUGGUCGCAACAAUCGUCGAAGAUACUUUACGAUUCAAGAAGCAGGGCAAACUUUCGGCCAAAAAGCUUGAGAAAAGUAUCGUCGAAUGGACAGGGCCUGCUGUGUGGACCGAUGCUGUCUUUAGCUACCUCAAUAAUCCUAAGUAUUUCAAUGUCGUAGAGGGUAAAAAUGUCACAUGGGAAUCUUUUACCGGAAUCGAUACUCCCAAAAAGGUCGGCGAUGUCGUUGUGCUUCCAAUCACAAGCUUCAGCCCUGGUGUACAACAAAUGGGUGCGAAAGAGCCGGAUGACCCCAUGGCAUUUGUUCACCAUGAUUUUGAGGGUAAGCCAAAGCACCAGCUAGUCUACAAUUGCAAUUGA